AUGAACUCGGAAUCAAUCAAUGGCUCCGACUACACCGCGGAAUCUUUCCGACGCAAUACUCUCCCCCGCAUGUCACCGUCAACCAUCCACGAAGUUCUCCAUCGUAUCGGCCAGACCUUCUCGCAUGUCCAAUAUGCAGUCUGCGGCACCGCUGCUAUGGCGGCCUACGGUUUCACAGAUCGCCUCCCUACGCACGUCAACAUCGUCAGCCCCUCUUCCACGAGGGAUGUGAUGAUCCCAUGGGCUGCAUCCGGCGGCAUGACUACGGAUCUCUCGGAGCCCGACACCGUUGGGGUUACCGUCGACGGGGAGACCUGGAAGGUUUACUUCAACUACCUCGACAUGGACGAAGACCACAGGUUUGAGCGGCUCGAGUCAGUGGGCAUGGUGUUUGGUCACGGUGUUGCGACGAAGGUGUUGACGAUGCCGGCCAUCAUCAACCACAACGCCCUCGCGUACAUCGAGGAUGAGAUGUCGCGAAGCUGGCGCUAUCGAAAGAGAUUGGCUGACAACAUCACCUGGUUGUUGGAAAGGAUUUCCAAAGGUGACAUGGAAGGGCACAGCCUCACACGGGCUAGGAUCCCGUCGGUGAGGGAUCCGACGUUCUGGUUAGUCUUCACGACGGCUCACCCAGAGGCUGCUGGCUUGUUCUACGAUGCUGGGUUGAGACCCGAGGUGGAGGAACCUGGAAGUGAAGGUAGUGGUGGAGACUGGGGAGACUGGGAGCUGCGGGAGGAGGAGCCUGCAAGAGACUGUAAUCAUGGAGAUUGGGAAGGUUGGGAAGAGGAAGAGCAGUGGAGGCCUGAGAGCUCGACGUCUUCGCAUGCUCCGCUGCUCGCUCAAGAGGAUGGAUCGAGCUUGGAAAGCGAGCCGUCUCGACGAAACCCAUCCUUCGCUCAUUCACGAAACCAUCAUGGACAUAGGAGUCGACCUCGCGCCCCUUCGAGACAUGAGCCCAACCUGACCCGCGCUGAGGAGAGACGGGUGAUAAUGGACAGCCGACCCAGAAGCUCGGGCGAGAGGCGGUUUCCAAGGGUUUUCUCACUCAGCAGCGCUCUCGAGGAUCUGCUCCAUGGUAACUUCCGGCAUGAUUUUAGGAAAUGA